GUGAUGAAGAUAGUUGCAAAAUCAUUACUUGAAAAAAAAUCUGCCAAGGCAAAGAAAGCUAGAGUUGACACUAUAAUUGAGAGGGAAAAUGCUUUCCUGGAUGGGGAUGAUGAAAGUGAGCUUGGUGAUGAUGGUGAUGGCCAAACUGAAGGUGGACACACAGCUUCAAUCUUUACAACUGGGCAAGGCAGUGGCACAAAUGCUUCUAAGACGAGAAUUAAGCAAUCUAAUGUUAGAGGAUCACUGGAUACCUUACUAAAGCCCGACCAUGAGAAGAUGAAACAAUCAACGUUGGAUAAACAUAAUCCAACUAAGCAGAAAUUGAAGGAGAUUGCUUGGGAUAAAUUUGCCGAGUGGGGAUAUGAGGUUGGGUUAGCUUUUAAUGCCGUUAGAACACCAAGCUUUCAGGCCUUUAUUCAUGCAGUUGGAGAUUACGGAAGAGGUAUGCCAGCACCCAGCUAUCAUCAAUACCGCCAUACUCUGUUAAACAAGCAUCUUGUCAAAACAAAAGAAUUUGUUGAAUCAUUCAGAGCACACUGGAAGACAUAUGGAUGCUCU